UUCAGCAUGCUGUUUCCAAUUCUAACUAUUUUCUGCAACGCAGGACUGCUGGAAGCCCUUCUUGUGAGUCGUCAGUUCAUUGAACAAGAAGUUCCGAAAACCAAUGUUUUAUUUGCAGAUCCAGUACAAGCUGACUCUGCUUUAUCAUGCAGUUUCCGGUGCUUGGGGAAAAACGUGACUGGAGAUUGCAAUGUGUUUUUCUACAAUAAGACAACUCUUAACUGCCAUCUUGGCGAUUUAAGUGAGAUAGAUAGAAGCAAGGAAAACAAUUCAACACAAUUGGUGUGGAAGCUGAAAGGAUGCAGUGUCCCUGAGAAUCCGAUAAAUGGGAAAUGGUACUGUGAAACAAACAUCAAGCAAGAAAAAUGUUUCCUUGUUUGUUUUCCUGGAUAUGUUGCUAAAUCCUUCAGAGGCUUGUAUUGCUACCUCUAUGAAGAUCAGGCCAAGUGGGAUAAGUCUCCAAAUGAGUUCGAGUGCUUACCAACUGUAAUAGCAAUUACUGGAGGAUUUUAUUUUCCAAUGGUCGGUCAAUUAUCUACCUUUGGGCCUGAUGGUCAAGUUCGUUUACCAAAUCAUCUUGGACAUUAUUUUAGACAGCAUAUUGUACAGUAUUUCAGGGGCCAGAUAAUCUACUGUGGUGGAUAUUAUGUUAGAAAUAAGUGCUAUAGGUUAAACUUCACUUCAGGAGGUGAAGGUACAUCCAUGCAGAUAUCAACUAAAAUAAGGAUCAAUAGUGCUUCUGUUAUAGUUCAGGACAGAUAUUACAUAAUAGGUGGUGAUUUGGCAGAAUCUCAAGCACAGGCGGAAUACAUUCUUGAAGCAGAUGGUCUCUCUUAUGAUGGAAUGCUCACACCUGAACUAACUGAUGCAAACACUGCUCCCAGCUGUGCAAUUAGAUUCACAGACAAGUCCUUUGUAAAUAUUGUAAAAGAUAUGGUUACAGAAUAUGAUAUCAGUGCAGGAACUUCUAAGGCACUUCCGAACCUCAAUAUUCCAAGGCAAAGAUUUGGUUGUGAUUCUUAUUUGGAUGAAGAUGAAGAAUUGGUAUCUAUUGUUGCAGGAGGAAAUACUGUUGAUUCAGCCUACACUGCAGAAAUAUUUAAACCCUCUUUCGGACAAUGGAUCAUAAUUGGAAACUUAACUUAUCCACGGGAAAGCCAUGCUGUUGUCACUACUUCGGAUGGAGUAUUUGCUAUUGGUGGUGAAAAUAAUCCCACUGGAAAGGUGGAGAAGCUGGAUAUCAAAACUAAGACCUGGAUUGACACUGGAUUAAAUUAUGACCCUGAUUCCGCUUUUUUUGCGGCUACUGCAAUUCCUGUUGAUAUUUUGCCCCCUUAGAUUGAUUUUGGGAAUUUUGCAAACCAUCAUGAGUCCGAAUUUAAUGAAUUUGAGCCGCGUCUCAAAUCCGCCGAAAACCGGUUUAAAUUGAACACCGACUUAA